AUGCUUCUUAAUCAAUAUAGCGAACAAUAUGGUAUUAAUCUUGACAUAUGUAGAAUUUCUGAAGACAUUUAUGAAUGCACUAAUGGCCACAAAGGUCUCUAUUCAUCAACAAGAUUAAUAAAGUUUAUCAAGGAGCUUAGAGCUUACAAAUCUAUUGUUCGAGUUAUUAAGAGUCUUUCAUCGAAACAAACGGACAUUAUUAGCAUUGUUCUCUGCUACGGAACCUACACUUACGAGUGUAAUAAUGAAGAUGGCGAAAUAUAUCGACUUCUCGCGGAAGGAAUCGUUGUUUCUAAGUCCGUAAAUGAAGAUUACAUAGAAAUGGAGUUUUCGUCGCCGAUUCUCCGAAGUAUAAUACUCUCCAUGAUAAGCGGCCCUGAUAUUGACAUAACAAACCCACCACAAACUAUAAAUAAAAUUGACAUUAAUUGGUUAUUAGAAAACACUAUCGAAAAUCUCGCCGUUCAAAAUAUCUUCGCUCCCCAAGCUCUUAACGCCGACAAUAAUCCGUCAGAGUAUGCAUUUCAGGCUGAAUUUUCAGCUGUUCUCAAAUAUUUACUAUCCAAUGUUUACCCUGUCCUACAAUACCGUGUAAUCGUUGAAGCAAAAGAACGUGACAUUAACGGCAAUCGACGUAAACG